AUGACUGCUGCGGGAGUCUCUCCGUCCAGCUCCCCGCGACUCCCCAGUCCACCUCCGUUCACCGAGGUCCAGAUCGGCCCGCAGUCGCCAUCCGUCGGUGAUUCUUUUGGCAAAGACGCAGAUAACCUGCUGGGCUCGUCGCCCGGCGAUGAUGAUGGCUCGACGCGCAGGAUCCGCCCGGGCACCAAAGCGGGUGACAUGGCGUUUGGUCCGCCGCUGAUUCCGCUGUCGCAGCUCGACUCGCCUUUCCAGCUUCAAGAACACCUGAAAGCCCUAUACCAUCAUUUCACGAAGCCUGAAGGAUCAGACACGGUAGUCCCAAUCACCCGCGAGGUCGCAAUCCAGCUGGCUGAACCGCCUGAAGGCGUCGACCGAUCCCUCUGGCUCUACGAACUGUGCCGCUUUCUCACCAUGAAAGUCAACAACCUCCUCAUUGCCUUCUUCGCCGAGAACCCGCCCUGCUCAUCGCAGACAUGCCCCGAAAUGCGCGCGUCCGAAUGGCAGUACCUCUGCGCCGUGCACGACCCGCCCAAGUCAUGCUGCGCUAUUGAUUACUGCUGCCAUACUCUCGACUGGGCGACCAACACCCUCACCUCCCCCAAGUACUUCCCUAGCCGGCUGACGCUGGGCAACGAGGCUGCAGGCGGCCCGCAGGCCAGCAUGAGGCAUUUGACCAACAUCUUCCGGCGACUGUAUCGCAUCUUUGCGCAUGCGUGGUUCCAACACCGUGAUGUUUUCUGGGAGGUUGAGGGUCAUGACGGUCUGUAUGUCUUCUUCAAGACUGUCUGCGACAUGUACAACCUCAUCCCAGAUGACAACUACACGAUUCCUCCCGAGGCAGAGGGUCCCGACGCGGUCCAGCCUGCUGCCGCCGAAGAGUCUACUAUGGAUAACCGACGAUUAACGAUUCUACGCAAGGAUGAUGAGACCCCCGUCAAUUUGGCCGUGGAGGACAUGGACCCGUCUAUCAGUACCGGCGCCACUACACGACGACACAAACAUAGCCCGUCGACGGGAUCGCGCGUGACUACUAUUAGUGAGAGUGCUGAGGAUCAAGAUGAUAACCAGCAAAAGCCAUCACCGGUGCGGGAAGCCUCGGCGGAGCCGUCAGGGUUGCCGAAGAAGGAGAAUGUGAAUAAAAGUGAGGAGACUGAGAAGACUCCGGUCGAGAAGACUGCAACGGAAUCCACAGAUGGCUCACAGGAGAAGACCGAGGAACCGGCUGCUGAGACACAAGAGCAGCCAUCGCAAUCUGAAGAGCCAACGAACUCAGAGCAACCAGGACCUCAGAAGCCAGAGACAACGCCAAAGACAGAGCCAGAGGAGGAGCCCACACCUUCAGUGGCAGAGAACAAGGAAGAAGCCGUCUCUACAGAUGCUACGGCUGAACCCGAAUCUGCACCGGGGCCCAAGGCAGAACCCGAGACCCAGCCCGAUACAGAGGCCGAGACCAAAGAGUCUUAG